GCCCUGCCAUCUAUCUAUUUAUCUAUCUAUCUAUCUAUCUGUGGAAGGAUGGCUGCAAGAAAGAGGACAUGAAACUUAAAGCUCAGCAGCUAACCACAAGAAUGAGCAAGGUCAACAUGACCGUGAGCCUGCCUGCUAGACAAAGAUAGGAUCUUGUGGUCAAGCGAGACAAGGAUAUGAGUUACAGCCCUAACCACAGCUGGGCAGAGCUAAGAAAAUGUAACUUUUAAGAAUUAUCCAAUCAACUAAGGACAACUAUGAUUAGCUAAUAAAGCCAGCUAUAAAUGUAAUCGCAGAAUCACUAAUAAACGAAGCUUGCUUAACAAUCAUAUUGAUUGUCCGCAUCUUCCCUCGUCUUCCGCAAAUGGUGACGCCGACGUGAUACAAGGACAGCACGACAAGAGGAUGAGUGAGAAAGCCCCGGUAAGCAGCGACCGGGAGGCAAAAGGAACCGCAGCGCUGGCGCUUCCUGUUCCCGUGCCUGGACCAACCCAAUAACGGAGUGUCCGCCGCACGGUCCGUUGUGGGUACCGAGCCGUUGGACCCGACCUGCUCUAGCAGAUGACAGAGAGUCUCCGCGAAACCAGAGACAGACACCUGCUUCGCCUUCAUUUAGCAGUUGACAACCCUUUACGACUCAUCGAAAAUCUGCUAAGGCGACCUCUCCCCUGGACCAGCGAAUGAGAGCUGCGGACUUUGAUAAGCUGGGUGAAUAGGCAGGGAUGGCAAGGAAUACAAACCCAGACCUGUCUCCAUUGCAGCCAAGCUAGGUGCUGUGCCUGGGUCAAAAUCAACUGUGGGGGCUGCAAAUGAAAAGUGUGGGUAUUCCAGGAGUGCUUGCGAUCUCGAUGGUGUCACAAUUGCUAUAGCAAUUGGGUCCAAAGAUCCUGGGCACGAGGCUUGGCUAGCUGGACUGGGUACCCUCCUGACAUAGUGUUCAGCCUUAUAGAAGACAUAAGUCAAAGAACCAAUUGGGUCCUAGCUUGGAACCUUUGGCGGGCUGUAGCACGGCUGGCAGCCCACGAGGCCACUCAGAUACUUGGCCACCGCUGCAAAGUAGGGCUUAAAAUCCCUCAGUUGUGGGAGGUCGAAGAUGAAGAUUGGGACCGCAUUUGCUGUCGCUUUGUUGUGGUCCCUCUGGUGGACCACCAAAACAGCUGUGCACCACAUAGACCACCAAGAGCACAUGUGGGUCACCUGGGCUAACCAGACAGGCCAAGAGUCCUUCUGCUUAUCACUAGCCACGCCUUCCGAUCCCUUCCGUACCUGCCUUAUCGGAGUCCCAUUGACAAAGGCCAGUAGCUUCAAAAGCUACACCUCUAAAUAUCAAGAGCCAGAAGCCGCGUUCUCGGCCUUUUGUGUUGUGACGAGCGGUAGCACAACACUCGACAUCUGCAAGACCCUUCAAAUUAAGCAGAACCCUUUAGCCGCCCAAGCACAAAAUAUCGCCCUAGGCCUUAAUACAUCUACACUCGAACCGCAAGAGCUAGAUCUCUUAGGCUCCCAGCCUGGUCCCUAUUGCCUUAUGUUUGGAUACUAUGGCUAUAACGGCAAUUUAAAGCCCCAACAGCCGAUCAAUGUUAGCACAUGGCUGAGCCCGACCACCUCAUGGUACUCCAAUGGCACAGCCUACUGCAAUGGCUCAGUGUGGCCAGUUAAUGACUCUCCACAAAAACCUAGGGCAUUACCCUCGGGAACCUUCCUUAUUUGCAGAGAUAGAGCAUGGCCAGGAGUGCCUUCUAAGCCGAUGGGAGGGCCGUGUUAUUUUGGGAAGCUAACAAUGAUUGCCCCUAGCAUCCAGCAAAUCCUAAACAUCACGCACAAACGAUCACGACGGAGCAUUUGUCAGUUAGGCCCCGAUUGCAGAGACAAUGUGGAAUUAUGGGAACCCCCUGCUGUCUUUUUUGCCUCUCUCCUAGCCCCAGGAGUCGCGUCAGCACACGCCCUCACCCAGCUUAAGAAGCUCGCAUGCUGGGCAGGCAAGCAAGCAAAUGUCACUUCAGACGUGUUGAGAGAACUCGCUACAGAUGUAGAUAGCCUGCGCCAUGCACUGCUGCAAAAUUGUGCAGCCAUUGACUUCUUAUUGCUAGCACAAGGCCAUGGCUGCCAAGAAUUUGAAGGAAUGUGCCGCUUUAAUCUAUCCGAUCACAGCACUUCCAUCCAUAAGCAGCUGCAAUGGCUGCGAGAGCAUACUCAGAAGCUUACUGUAGAAAGCAACCCCUUUGAUCAACGGCUUGCUAGCCUCUUUGGUAAUCUUUCCCCUUGGAUGCGAACCAUUUUAACAGAAGCUUUUCACUUGCUCAGUAUAAUUUUUGCCAUGCUGCUUAUUAUCCGGAUAUCUUAUUCUUGCAUUAUUCGCCAAGUAACAAAGAUCACAAACAAUGUCCUGCUUGUGCAAAAAGAGAAAACAGGAAUUGUGGAAGGAUGGCUGCAAGAAAGAGGACAUGAAACUUAAAGCUCAGCAGCUAACCACAAGAAUGAGCAAGGUCAACAUGACCGUGAGCCUGCCUGCUAGACAAAGAUAGGAUCUUGUGGUCAAGCGAGACAAGGAUAUGAGUUACAGCCCUAACCACAGCUGGGCAGA